AGGGACAAUGGAAUGAGUGGGUGGAUGCUACAGCUUCCUUCCUGCAAGACAGGCUUUUAAAAAAUCUUGGAUUAUAAAAGGACCCAAGAACAUGAAAAAAACAGAACAAGUUGUGAACUGGGAGUUGCCAUCAUGGGCCAGAAGUUCCUCUGGUGGGGUUUUUUGGCCUUGAUGCUACUUCAAGGUGGUUCUGCCUAUAAAUUAGUUUGCUACUUCACCAACUGGGCUCAGUACCGAGCUGGGCUGGGAUAUUUCAUCCCUGAUGCCAUUGACCCACAAUUAUGUACCCAUCUUAUUUACUCCUUUGCCACUAUCAGCAAAAACAAGAUCACCCCUGAGGAGUGGAAUGAUAUUACUCUGUAUCACACCUUCAAUGAUCUCAAGAAGAGAAAUCCCAGCCUGAAAACUCUCCUGUCCAUUGGAGGAUCCAAAUUUGGUUCCAAAGGGUUCCAUCCCAUGGUGGAGACUUCUGAAUCACGAUCAACAUUUAUCAGCUCUGUGAUCCCAUUCCUGAGGAAUUACGGCUUUGAUGGGCUGGACAUAGACUGGAUCUACCCUGAACUAAAUGAAAAGCCCUUUUUCACUUCUCUGAUUCACGAGUUAGCUGUUGCCUUUCACAAAGAAGCCAAAAAUUCCAGGAAGGAGAAGCUUCUCCUGUCUGCAGGGGUGGCUGCAGGAAGGCAGAUAAUUGAUAACAGCUAUGAGAUCAAGGACCUGGCAAGUGAUGUGGAUUUCAUCAACCUCCUAACCUUUGACUUCCAUGGAUCCUGGGAGAAUCCCCUAGUUACUGGCCAUAACAGCCCUCUGAAGAAAGGAAACCAGGACCAGAGGAACAGCGGUUACUAUAAUGUGGAAUAUGCUGUGAACUACUGGAAGAAUCGGGGAAUGCCAGGGGAGAAGAUCAUCAUGGGUAUCCCUAUGUAUGGCCGCUCCUUCACCCUCUCUACACCUGCAUCUAACUCAGGUGUGGGAGCCCCUGCCAAUGGCGCCGGCACCCCUGGCCAAUUCACUGCAGAAAACGGCUUUUUAGCCUACUAUGAGGUAUGCCAGUUCUUAGAAGGUGCCACAGUCAAAAAAAUCCCAGAACAGCAAGUGCCCUAUGCAGUUAAGGGGAACCAGUGGGUUGGUUUUGAUGAUGUGGAGAGUGUGAAGGCCAAGGUCCAGUAUUUGAAAAAGUCAGGGUUAGGAGGAGCCAUGAUUUGGGCCAUUGACCUGGAUGACCAUACUGGUAAAUCCUGCAAACAAGGUGCAUUCCCACUCCUUCAGGCAAUCAGGAUGACACUGAACUCUGGCAAAACAGUUUAAACUAGAAAUUGAAUGUCGGGACAUUCAUCCAUUUUGGCAAUGCUCACAGAUGGAUAAUCUAUGGCAUCCUUGCCUUCCUGCCCAUCCCACCAGUGACAACUUUACUUCAUUCUCCAGCUGCUGAAAAGAAUAAAAUAUAAUGUUUUUACCUAAGAAAAUUUACCUUUAU